GCUGUAAACCAAAACAAUACAGAUUGCAAUCUACGUUCUCUGAACCAUUGUACAAACAAAAAUGAGUAAUUUGAAUAAUCACAAAUUAAUAAAUAAACGUAUUUUAGAAUUCUAUGUAAGCCAUAACAAGUUUGAACUUGAAGAAAUUCGAAAGUACGUACACGAUAAUUGGUCGUUGAAUUUUGAAGCAUUCUAUGGAUUGUAUAAAGAUAUAUUAAAUCCAGUUCUGGCAGGAAAAAUUAUUACAGAUUAUAAUUACCAGAAGUCCUUGAACUCUUUUCGAAAAUUAUUGCCUAUAUUUGAAGGCAUAAAUUUCUUGUACUGCAACGCUCAAAAGGAUUUAAAAAAGUUUAAUUUUGAAUGGCUUGGAGUCAAUUCCAAAUAUUUGCUGAAAACUUUAGAGUCAACUGAAUUUGCAGAAACGUUUACCGUAGAAAAAACUCUACUAUUAACUUCAGUUCUGGAAAAUGCGUUGGCAAAUUUGUUCUUUGUAACUAGUGAUAAUUGUACACCACCGCAUUUGUUGCGUGACUUAUUACGCACAAAGGAGCUCCACAAUAUAUUCGGGUUAGAAACAAUGUCCUUAUUGAAAAUAAUAAUGGGUACACCCAAUGCAAUCAAUUUACGGAACAUUGUUUGGCAUGGCUUUCCAAAACCUGAAGAAAUACCAAAUUAUUAUGUCACAAUACUAAUCAUUAUUAUACAUAGCUUGGGCUCGGAGCUUAAAAGUAAACAAAUUGUUCAGUUGAUGGAGCGUCCAAAAGCUUCAGACUUUAAAAUAUUAUGUGAGAAAGUUUUAAACCAACUUUUAUUACCUUCAGAAUUCGUAAAUGAGAGUAAAUGCUUUGAACAAAUUAAAAAUCAUGUGUGGCUACACAAAGCUUUUAAGCAGUACUGGUAUCGGCUAUUCCAAUAUUAUGAAAGAAAACAGUUUUGGAAUUUCGUAAUACUGAUCAUACCGCAAAUCGAAUUAUUACUCCGAUUCAUAUAUGCACAAGCAAAUAAUUUUGAUGUUUCUGCCAAGUUGGAUGAGUACUAUAUUACAAUGGAUUCAAUAUUUGAGUGUAACGUUACCACUGAGGAGGCAAAUAGUAAAAACAAGCUAAUAAAUGGGAAUGUUCUAAGUGAGGACCUGCUUAGCCUUACAUAUGAUUUAUUUAUUGCACCAAAUGGACCACGCGUGAGAGAUAAAAUUUGUCAUGGUGAAAUUGAUAUUGCUCUAUUAGAUUAUCCGGAAUUAUGUGAUAUCUUGUUCUAUCUUUCUAUGGGCUUAUUAAAUUUUGAGCAGCCGUUUCAAAAAUAUGAAAGUGUUUUCCAUUUAAAUUGCGUUACAAAAAACACAUUGAGUCGAGCUGCAAAAGAUUUUGAAAAGCUGACAGAAAAAUACUUAAAAGAAGAAAAUAUAGACUCCUUAAAAUUACUUAUCGAGCAUGCAGUGGCCUGUGAUAUAAAAAUAUUUAAUCGUCCAAAAAAGGAAUCUGAAAUAAUUUAUUUAGUGUUAAGAAAUGCGAAAUUUGUCCAAACCUCUUGUGCAAACUAUUCAUUUUCUAUUGAUACUAAAUUUAAGCUGCUGGAACAGCGCGAAUUACAUUCUAAAAGGCGUCGUACUUUGGAGCGCAUGCUGGAAGCUCUGCCGAAUAUUUGUAAUGCUUUACGUGAUAUUUUGACUUGCCUCUUGUGCAUAUUUGUAAAGCUGCAAACUGACGAUUCCAUUUUUCAAAAUGAAGAAGUUUCUAAAACUCUACUAAGGUUUUUAAAGCACACAUUAAAAUUGACCGAAAAUUUCACUAAAUAUUCCAAUCAGAGCAGCAAUGAAUGGAUUAAAGCUGUUCAAUUGUGUAAAAAGUUUACUGAUGUAAAACUACUAUAUUAUCAGACAGAAUACUUCUAAUAAUGGAUCUUCUUCAGGCGUAAGUAUGUCGUUUGGUUAAAUGAAUUUGUAGCAAAUAUCUGUGUGGUUCAAUAUUUAUUUAUUUUUUAAUGCUGAAUAAUGUGUAUAUGUCUACAUCAUUAUGUGAGUGCUUUUAAAUAGAUAUAAGUCCUAGAAAUUAGCAUACCAUCACCUAAAAUGCAAAAUAACGUAACCUCACUUUUCAUUUAAGUUUAGGUGAUGGAAAAAACAAUAUACGAUAAUAAAAUAAUAAUUUUGAAACAAAAUUUUAAUUUUGGUUGUAACUUGGUUAUAUUUGAUAGCAGAAGCUUAAACCUUUGUAUACAUACAUACAUACAUAUGUAUGUAUGUAAAAUGAUGUAGUGAAUCGCAACCAAUAAAAAAUUCAAUUUAA